UGUAAGAUUUAGUUCCUUUUAUGUCGUAUGUAGUAUGUUGUAUUGGUGUGCGUAUGGGCGCAGCCGCAGCGAAUGAUGCUUUCGCAUCAUCUAAUAAUUUAUUUUGGAUUUAGUGGGUGGCCGGUGAAUAUUUAAUUUAAAGGCUUAUACCUAUAAUGAUUAAUCUCAUAAAAACACGAAAAAAUAUAAUGAAUAAAUGAACCCCAUGCUAAGAUGAGAUGUAAAAUAUAGGUACACUUCUCGUUCUCUCAUUUUGACACAUUUUUGAAAUUUGAAGUUUUAACAUAAUCUCUAAAUACGGUAAUACCUCUUGCUAAAAAGAUAACUAUCCACUGUCUACUAUAAUCUUCAUCUCUCUUUCCUGGACUGUGAUUUAGUGGUUAAAUUAGUAUAGGAUUUACUGGAGACUAUCCAUUUUUUGAAAUAAUUCUUUCAUUAUCUAUAGUUGUUAAUUAACGGACGUAUUCGCACGUGAAAGACAUGCAAAUACAGACUCAACCAUGUACAAUACUACAUUUACAACCUUACAGGCAUGGCCUAUAUAUUAAUAAGUGCAGAACUUAUUAUACAAGCAGUGUUAUUAAAAUUAAACAUUUACUCAUAUUAUAAUCAAAUAGUAAACGAAUAAUAAGUAUAUGGCUAGGUGAUAGUGUUCUGUUGCCUGUUGGGACGGAUUGAAAUGUGUGCUGCACCUGCAAAUCUUGCGUAUGCCUAUAUCUUAUGGUUACUUACAACUUACAGGCCUUUCGUUAAAAAUAACGGGUUUUCUAUCAUUUUAUACUGUACUGGCUUAUAUUUAAAUAAGUAUACAAUAAGUUGUUACAAUUUUCAUUAGUUGUUAUAAAUCAGGACUAUUCAAAUAUAUAGGUAUACAAAUAUAUAUUAGUGAAAAUUGUUUCAUAUAAGAUCGUUAAUAUCUUUAUUUGAUUAUUUAACCAUUAGGUACCUAUUUCAUAUUAUGAGUCUUAUUUUUAAAAUAUUUAAAGGGCAUAACCAGUAAAAUAAACAUGAAUAAUUAAUAGAUAAAUAAUACCGUUGUUUAUGUAUUUUUGAUAUACCUUGACGUUAACAUAUACACGUGGUUUAUAGGUUGAGAAAUAAUAUACGCAAUAUCAAAAUAUUGCCUUGAAAUCACUUAAAAAUAUAGUAUGGGUAGCAACUCUUAAAAAAAAAAAUCAUAUAGUUAGGUAGUGAUGUUUCGUUCAAUGUCAAAAUUGUCAGUGUUUAUAUUUAAUAUUUUUAGUGUUCUAUCUAUUACUCACAAUAAAUGGCAAAAAACGUAUUCUAUAUUGUUAAUUAUGUCUUGUAUUUACAUUUUUUACGCUACACCUCAAAUUGUAUGCAUAUUGGAAAACGACUGUAACAACACAAUAUCAUCGCUUAUUAAAGGGCUGUUUGCAAGGGUGGUGGCUGUGACAUGUAUGGUAUCAAGAUGUGUUAUUUUUUUAAAGGGUAAAACUCAUCUGGUUAAGUACAAAAAAAAUAUGGACGAUUUCCAUACAGUUACACCAAUGACAUCUUCCGAAACAGAUAACUUGAAAAAAAUGUCAUUUAGGGUCGUACUGUGUUGCAUAUUACUAACUGUACCUGUUAAUGUGUGCAGAUUAUGGAUUUUAUAUUAUGUAGCAAAACAAACCGUUCCAUUUGUUAUUUUAGUGUAUUUACAAAAUUUCAGCAUGUAUUGUAUAGAAACUCAUUUUACUGUAUUAUGUUACAUUCUUUAUCAAAAGAUCAUAGGGAUCAACAAUGAUUUAAUGGCACUUAAGAUUGAUACGAUUGUGCGUAACAAAUACCCGUUCAUAUCACUAACCGGAGAGAAAUAUGGAAAAAACGAUAACACUGUUGAAUACAAUAGAGAAGUUUUUCAAUCUCUUGUGGCCGGCUAUCCAAUGACUGACUUCUUAGAAAAUCUAAAAGCCAAACAUAAAUUUAUUUGCCUAGCUACAAAAAAUUUAAAUAACAUGUUUGGAAUUCAUUUGGGGUUGUCACUGUGCUCAUUGUGUUUAUAUACGUUAUUUGAUUUAUAUUAUCACUUGCAAGCAAUAUGGAAACACUCGAAGUAUAAGAUAUUAGUCUACGCUUGGAUUUUACAAUACUUCGUUCGAUUUUUACUUAUUACUGUCUUGGCACAUUUAACAACGAAACAGGCACUCAAAUCGAAAAUACUUAUAACGGAUAUAAACAAUCGUUAUUUAGAUAAUAAUACUAAAGAAGAGCUACAACUUUUCCUUAAUCAAAUUUCCAGUUGUUCAAUUGAAUUUACCGCUUGCGAUUUCUUCACUUUAAACACUCAUCUAAUCACAUCUGCAAUUGCAGCUGGCACCACAUAUCUUGUUAUUUUAUUACAGUUCAAUUCAUCGAAAGAUUAACAUGUUAAUAAACAAAAUACAUCACUUAAUAUUUAUAU